UGAUGCUGCCUGAAUCACUACCAAUUUUAAAAGAGCUUUCUUUAGAGAUGGAUAUGCUUAAUGGGUAAUAUCUUAGCUGACAAUUAGUUGGAUGCCUAACAUACAAUAUCCUAUAAGACUCAGAUUUGAAAUGAAUGAUGAUAUCUUAUGGUCAGUACAAAGAGAUUAAAUAAUUUAUGUAGGACCACGAUAUGUAGAUUCAAUGGAGAUGUAUAAGAAAUAUUUGUCAACUUGUAAGCAAUUCUAUAUAUUGAAGACUAACCAACUAAGAAUUAAACUGAUAUGAUGGAGGCAAUUCUUAAAAAAUAACGAUAGUUACGGUUAUUUAUUAACAGACCUUUAGCACAGAGACAUUUUUUAUAAUUUGAUUCUGAUUUUGAGUCAGGGAACUUAGAUUUUGCAUUCUAAAUUAGAUCAAAUGAGUAUAAUUGUUAUAUGAGAUGUGAUUCAAAUUCUCGUUGCAGUCAUAGUUGGUAUCAUUUUAGCAUAGUUUCGGAGAGAACACAGACAAUAAGACUGAAUAUUUGUAAUUUCAGUAAACACCGUAGUCUUUACUAAAGAGGCAUGAAACCUUAUAUAGGAAUAAAUGGUAUUUGGAAAUAGGGAGGUGAUAAUAUAGUUUAUGAUCAGAAAAAUUAAAGAUCAUCGAAGUUAAGCUUUGAUUUAAAUGUUGUAAAUGGAUAGAAAAUAUUCAUUGCAUAUGGAAUUCCGUAUACUUAUACUUAGAUGAUGCAAUUUAUAUAACCUUUUGGAUAUACUGUUUUGACAAAGUCAUCAGCAGGCUUAGAUAUUCCAAUUCUUUAUUUUGGAGAGCCUAAGAAAAGAACUAUUAUAGUAACAGCUAGAGUUCAUCCAGGAGAAACAAAUAGUUCUUAUAUGAUGGAGGGUUUUUUGAAAUAUCUAACAUCUCCAAAUGGGGAAUAUCUAUUGUAGAAGUAAAUAACCAUAUCCAUAUCAAGAGUUCAUAAGUUAUUGCAAUCCCAAUGCUUAAUCCUGAUGGAGUAAUAGCUGGCAAUUCUCGUACUUGUUUAUAAGGAAUGGACCUAAAUAGAUAAUUUUCAGAUCCUGAUUCAAAUAAUACUCCUUAAAUAUACUAAAUCAAAAAGAUGAUAGAAAAAUUAAGACAUCCUCCUUUUGUUUAUAUUGACAUGCAUGGUCAUUCAUUAAAAAAAAAUUUAUUCAUUUAUGGACCUGAGUAUCCUAUUUUUAGUUUAAAUUAUUUAAAAUGUCGAGUUUUAGCUAAAUUAAUGUCAGAAGCAACAGAAGUUUUCCGUUAUUGGAGUGGCAUUUGGAGAGUUUAACCAAAUAAAAGAAAUACAGCAAGAGCUAUCUUGAAUUAAGAGUUUAAAAUAGUUAACUGUUUUACUGUUGAAUGUUCAAAUGGAUUAUAUUAUUUGGGAUCUUAAUAAAUUACAAAAGAAUUUGGAAUUCUUGAUUUUGAAUAAUUGGGAUAAGAAUUACUAAAACAAAUUUAAAUUUUACUUGAAAAAGAAAUAAAAUAUAUUGAAUAUUAGAAAGACAGACUUAAAAAUAGAAAGUAGAAGAGAGUAAAUCCAUACACUAAUUUAUUAUAACAAAUACAAAAAGAUGAAGAAGAACAUUAAAUAUAAGAUGAAGAUGAAAUAUUAGAAAGUGAAAGUAGUGAAGAAGAGUAGAAAUAGAAAAAAAAACUUAUUCGUAAACAUUAAUAACCUAGAUAAUCUUAAUUAAGAAAAGAAAUUCAAUGUAGAAAAUCAUUUGUAUCUGAUCGAAAACCAAGAAGUUAAGAUAAAUCUUUAGAUAGAUCAUAAAUUUCAUAGAGACCUUUUUCCCCUUACAAAGCUUUUAAUAGAUCUGUAUCAUCUUCAAGAUAUGUUAAUUGUCCGAGUAAAUAAUAACAACUAAAAUAAAGAUUGAGUAAUUAUGGAUUUAAUUGA